AUCCUUUGGAUUUCCUUGUUAUUCUAACGUUGUAUACACACAACACAGUUUUAUAUACUCGGCGGACAGAGGGCUACCACAACUACCACGACUACAUACAUUUCUAACAGAGUGUAUAUACACCACAGUGCAUAUAUUGUCCCUGGACUGAGGGCUGCUGCUUCGUUACUGCGACAUUAUCCCGUCGUCAUUCGUUAACCCCGGACAGAGGGCUACCAUUGCUACUACAACUGAAGUUCUUGAACUCCAUGUUAUCUCUGGAUAAAGGUCUGGAAUACCGUGUCACGGCGUCGGUUGCCUGUUUACCUUAAUUCACGUUGCCCUUUUAGUGGCACGAACUGACACCAAGCUAAACAAUCCUCUCCUGGGGCUAUCACCAACUUCUCGGUCCUUCUACUACUGGAGAUAUACACAAGUCAUGUACUGUAUGUAUACUAAAUUACUACAUUGACCAGAAUGGAUCUUCAGAAAAAAAUAUUCUGGAUUCCCUAUAUACUACAGUGGUGCCACCUAUUUGCACUGUGCCUUGCCAAAGGUCCUCCCUUUAUUAACCAGACUGCCGUCUCUCAUAAACGUCUCAUUGCCUACAUUGGAAAGAACUUUAGAAUCCGCUGCCCCAUCACUGCCACACCUCCACCCUACAUGCAGUGGAGUAAAGAUGGACACACUAUCAACAUUGCAUGGGAGAGGUUUCGAAUCCAGGAGAUGGGACUCCGCAUUAAAGAUGUUGAAAUUGAAGACAGUGGAUUGUACACAUGUAAAGCAACCAACGGCUUUGGCAGUGUUCAGCUCAACUUCACCCUCACAGUUAUACCUGAGAAGAAAGAAGGUACCCAACAGAACAAUCUCUACCCUCACCAACUGGACCCUACAGGAGCAACUGAGCCCCGUUUCCUGCACCUGAGUAAGAUGAAAAAAAAGUCAAUCCCACGCCCGGUUGGAAGUUCCAUAAGGUUUCGAUGUCGAGCUAGUGGUAACCCACGGCCGGAGAUACAAUGGCUGAAGGAUGGUCAGAUGUGGACAUCUGAUAACAUGGGCAACUAUCAGGACAGUAGACUACGUUGGACGUUAAAGAUUGAUGACUUACGACAAGAGGACAGUGGUCAGUACACUUGUGUGGUCACUAACAUCCAUGGCACCAUCAAUUAUACAUAUUCUCUAGAAGUUGUCGAAAAAGUUCAAAAAAAGCCGCAGUUACUACCACCACACCCCCUCAACCAAACAGCUCAAAGGGGGGAGCAAGCUUCAUUCCAGUGUCAUGUCAAAAGUGAAGUCCAACCUCACAUAAAAUGGCUGAAAUGGGUCGAUGACCCGUCCACCCUUUCCAAUGUCAACCACACCAUUGAAGUGAAAGGCCGUAAAUUUGUUGUACUAAAAUCUGGUGAGAACUGGAAACGACCGGAUGGUUCUUACGUGAAUAAAUUGACACUAAAAAGGAUCACAUCAGAAGAUUCAGGAUUAUACAUAUGUUUAGGGGCCACAAGUCUCGGGAUCAGCAGUCGACAGGCUUUCCUGAAAGUACAUCCAGAUCCAAAGCAUUAUCGACCAAACCAAAAGAUUCCUCCGUCCACCUCCGGAAUCCCUCUCCUCGCCAUCUGUAUUCCUCUUGUUAUGCUUGCCAUUAUUAUUGGAGCUGUAUUCCUUGGUAUCCGAUGCCAUGGUUGCUGUUCACAGACUUCACACAACUCCAACCACCAACAUGUCCAGCACCUUCCUGUACCGACCAGCCACCAUGAGUACCCGGUCAACUACCCACAGAUGUCGGCCUACCACACCCCAAACAUUCAUGCUGGCUCCAGCAGUAUGUCCGGCAGUUCCAGCUGUCGCGUCGCAUCGUCCUCCAUUCCUCCACUCCGUCACUAAUGCCAACACAACCAGAGACAGACUCUUUUUACAGUGGCUGAGUAGAGGCACGUAGAUAUGGCAGGGUGCCACCUGUGACACACAGAUAGACUCUAUUCUUUAAGUAAAACUGCUGAAGACAACCAAAAAUAUUGGGGUGGGGGGGAGAAAUGCUUUUCUGGAAUCCUCUCUUGCCAAACUCCUGACCUUGAGGAGGCACGCAACGAUGGCGUGAAGAAGGAACUCACCGAGAAAGAUUGAUUUCUUGAAUCUUUAAAGACACAAAAAGAAAAGAAAAAAAAGCACACAAACUAUGGAAUUAUACACAUACCUGCAUUCAUAUAUAUACACACUGCUCAAGUUAUAUAUACAAGAACAUGUUUAAAUAUAUUGGUAUAUAUAUAUAUAUGUGUGUGUGUGUGUGUAUAUGCAUGUGUGUGUGUGUGUAUAUAAAUAUAUAUAUAUAUACACAUACACACACAUAUCUAUCUGUUCACUUUACCAUGCAUACAUUCAUGCACACACACACACAUACAUGCACAUAUAUUAUAUAUAUAUAUGUAUGGAUAGUUAUCUGUCAAUAACUUUGUGGUGUGUAUGUGUGUGUAUAUAUAUAUAUACAUAUAUGUAUAUGAUUAAUAUGUUGCGUGUGCGUGUGUAUAUAUAUAUAUAUAUAUAUAUAUACACACACACACAUAUACACGUGUAUAUUUGCAUUUAGAUUUUCAAAUGAGAGAAAACAUUUAGUGCAUGUAAAAGUGUUUAUGUGUGUGCAUGUCUAUAUAUGUGAGUGUGUUUGUGUGUGUUUUGGUUAGUCCUGUCCAUAGAUAUAUGCCUGUGCAGAUGUAGACACAGUGAAAUGUGAAUAGAAUGUCUAAAUGUGCAUAUAUAUAUAUAUAUAUAUAUAUAUAUAUAUAUAUAUAUAUGUAUACAACAUAUAUAUGUAUGAAAUGUCCUGCUAUACAUAUAUAUAUAUAUAUACAUGACAAUGGAAACUAUUUUCAGGCAUCGAACUUUCCCUUCCCCAAUCCUACAAAUAUUUUAUUUUACAAUAUUUUCUGGUUUUUGAUAAAAAUUCCUCCCUUCUAUCACACACACACACACACACACACACACACACACACACACACACACUCAUAAUGAGAAGGCAAUAGGUAUGUUCCUCAACUGACAUCCAUAUGCAUGCACAUACCUAAAUAUGUGUGUGUUUGUGUAUAUAUAUAUUUAUAUUCAUAUAUAUAUAUAUAUAUAGACACACACAUACAUAUAUAUAUAUAUACAUACACGAUGCAUGUAUACACAUGUGUGUGUGUUCACAAGACCCCAAACUUAACAUCAAUGCGUAAUAAUAGAGAGAAAGCAGUGACUUGGCAGAACCGUGAAGAUGCCGGGUGAAAUGCUUCAUAUUUUAUUGGUCUUUACAUUCUGAGUUCAAAUUCCAUUGAGGUUGACUUUACCUUUUGUCCUUUUGGGGUCAAUACAAUAAGUACCAGUUGAGCCUUGGAGGGUCAAUGUAAUUGACUGACCACCCCUCUCACCUGGCCUUGUGCCAAAAUUUGAAACCAAAAUAUAAGAGAGAACACCUCAUCAAUAGGAUGGUGUUAUAUAUAUUGAUUUAGUAGCCACAAUAUGUGAAAUAUAUAUACAUGCAGAUAUGUCUCUGUGUGUAUGCAUGCAUAUAUAUAUAUAUAUAUAUAUAUAUAUAUAUAUAUAUAUAUAUAUAUAUAUAUAUAUAUAUAUGUAUAUAUGUCUUUUUCCUAAGACAACAAAACUUUGUUUCAACACAAAUUCACAGAGAAUCUUGCAAACUACAUACAAAAAUUAAGUGUGUGCAUGUAUAUAUAUAUAUAUAUAAAAAUUAAUUACAAAAAUUACAUUACACAAAUAUCUUGAAAUUCUCAGGAGUAAAUUCAAUCAAUAAAAUCGCCAUUGGCUUCAACCAUGGCCUCCAGAUGACUUUGGAACUCUUCUGGACAGUCUCCUUGUUUAAGUUGGUGAAUGCUGCCAUAAUCCUUGCCUUCAGUUCAUCUUUGGUGUUGCAAGGAGUUUUGUCGGUCGCUCGCUCAACUGCACCCCACACAUAAUAAUCAAGGGGGUUGCAGUCGAGGGGAGUUAAGUGGCCAGAUGUUAGGGGUGAUGUGGAUGCAGAAAUUGCCUGACAGCCAUGACUGGGUCCUCCUGCUUGUGUGGUAAGGUGCAGAGUCCUAGGGUCUUCCAGCAGCCACUCUCUUGACUCAGGGUAGCAUUCCCUGCUCCAUGCACUUGAUGUAGGUCUACGUGUUUAGUCUGAGGCCAUGUAGGAAGAUGAAUGGAGGCAUAAUGUUGCUAUGAUGCUGACUGGAGGUUUGAUUUUUAUUACUCUCGGUAAUAAAAAUUGGAGAUUCUGGCACAAAUGCCAAGUAGUACAGCAUGUCAUUUCCAAAUUUCUGGCAGAGUGAAUUGUAUUAUGGUGUUGUUUUUCUCACAGACAGUGCCCAACUGACCCUACUAUACUGUGUAGUCAACAAAAUCAAAAGCAAACAAUGCACAUGCGUGAAAUUAAAAAUAUAAAAUAGUGACAAUGUACCCAUCGCACCCUGUGUGUAUAUAUAUAAAUAUAUAUAUUUAUGAUGCAAACAGGGAAACAUGAGAAUAUUCACAUUUUUAAAUAAUAAUUCGUAAAGUUACAGAGUGACUCAAGGACCAAGAUUUUUCUGCAUUAACCCUUCAAACACAUACACACACACACAUGUAUAUAUACACAUAUACAUUACUAGUGGGUUAACUGUUUCUUUGCUAUUAUCUCCUCUACAGUGUAUCCUUAUGGAUUUGACCAACAUUGGAUUUGACCAACAUUGGAUUUGACCAACAUUGGAUUUUACACCUUGCAUCCAUCAGAACAUAAUGAUGGUGAAGAAUUUUAUAGAUGUUUUUUGUGGUACACACACACACACACAUAUAUAUAUAUUUAUAUGAAUGUGUGCUUAUGAAUGCAUAUGUAUAUAUACAUAUAAAGACAUUUAUAUUAUGUGUUUGUGUGUGUGUGUAUGCACACACAAGUCUAUUGCAUGUGUGUAGAAAAAUAAUCUGACCUAAAAUCACAACUGUAAAUAGUGUGUGUGUGUGUGUGUAUGUUAGUGCAUGCGGGUAUGUUUCCCGAAUGCAUGCGUGUUCUCUCUGUGACAUAGUCCUCUUACAGCUGUAGCUGGCCACGUCACACCCUGUGUGUGUGCAGCUGUACUUAUUUGCCAACCAAACAAGUGUAGUCUUAGUAGUGACAGUGCAGUGUCUGGGACUCUAUCUACACUUUUACACACACACACACACACACACACACACACACACUACAUAUAUGUGCCAACAUAAAUGAAGUCCACAACACAACAUGACAAUGUCAACCUUGCAUG